CAAUUUUGGUCGCCUUGUUCCCCCUCGCAGGCACCGAUUUCUCCACGGGAGGCGGCUUUUGGACGGCGGUCACGCUGGACGCGGAGCAGGACCCACGAAGGAGGCACGACCCGGACACCCUUCUCUUCUUCUGCGGCUUUAACGCGAUGGAACCAGCCUUCGGCGAGGUGAACCAGCUCGGUGGGGUUUUCGUCAACGGCAGGCCGCUCCCCAACGCCAUCCGGCUCCGGAUCGUGGAGCUGGCGCAGCUCGGAAUCCGACCCUGCGACAUCAGCCGACAGCUGCGAGUCUCUCACGGCUGCGUCAGUAAGAUCCUGGCCCGCUACAACGAGACCGGCUCCAUCCUCCCGGGAGCCAUCGGAGGCAGCAAGCCGCGCGUCACGACGCCCACCGUGGUCAAACACAUACGGACAUACAAGCAGCGGGACCCCGGGAUUUUUGCGUGGGAGAUCCGGGACAGGCUACUCGCCGACGGGGUCUGCGACAAGUUCAACCUGCCCUCGGUCAGUUCCAUCAGCAGGAUCCUGCGCAACAAGAUCGGGAACCUGUCGCAGCAGAGCCAGUACGAGUCCGGGAAGCAGGGCCCUCACCCGCCGCCGCAGCCCACCAUACCAUACAACCACUUGUACUCCUACCCGGGCUCCAAGGUGCCCACUCCCCCGGGCAUGCCCACGCUACCUGGACACAUGGCCAUGCACAGGAUAUGGCCCUCCUCGCACUCCGUCACAGAUAUUCUGGGGAUUCGAUCCAUCACAGAGCAACAAAACGCCGAGUGGCUUGCCCACAGUGAGCAGCUCUGCCACAGCGCCCAGCAUGCCUCGCUGCCCCCCUCCCACCCCAGUGUCACCCUACACGGCGUGCAGCGCCACCACGUCGGCCUGUGUGACCGGAGCCACAUGGCCGCCGGCCAGUGGCAGUGCUCCAUCUCCCCGCAGCUGUGACACCCGCCGGCCUUCAGGAGCAUGACGGCCACCCGGGACUCCAUUCGCUGCUGGCCUCGGCGCUGUGAUCUGCCGAGCGAGCGGAUGGAGGAGGAGGUUAGUGACAGACAGCGAGGACGGGAGACACCAAGUCUGUCUCCUGCUGCUUUUACU